CAAAUGUCAGAAUCGGAGCCUUUGCCCGAAAACCCACCUUUUUUUUUCUCCCCGCGUUAGCCUCUCUCUUUCUCUCUCUAGAUUUUUCUGCCCCAAUCAAAUCACACACAUCCCUCUCAUCUAGGGUUUCGUUUUCAACAAUUCGGAUCCAGCUCAUAACCCAACCAAAUCCAUUUCCUUUUAUGCUUCUGAAUUCUUCUUCCAAUGCUUACCAUUUCUUUGUCUAUUUUCUCCAUUUGAUCCCCUUUCCGUUUCUUCUCUGAAUUGCAAAAAUGUCGGAGCAGGGAGUAGAAAAAUGAGUGAGGCGGAGAUUACGAGGAUGAAGCAAAAGACAACUCCGGUACCGUUAGGGACACUAAUUGGUCGGGAGUUGAGGAAUAAUGAUAAAGUGGAGCAGCCAACAUUGAAGUAUGGACAAGCUGCAUUAGCAAAAAAAGGGGAAGAUUAUUUCUUAAUUAAGCCUGAUUGUCAGAGGAUUCCGGGAAAUCCAUUGACCUCUUUUUCAGUUUUCGCGAUUUUUGAUGGGCAUAAUGGUAUAUCAGCUGCUAUAUUCGCGAAAGAGAAUCUAUUGAACAAUGUUUUGAGUGCUAUUCCUCAAGGAAUUAGUAGGGAAGAGUGGCUUCAAGCACUUCCUCGAGCACUAGUUGCGGGUUUUGUGAAAACUGAUAUAGAGUUUCAGCAAAAAGGUGAGACAUCUGGGACUACUGUGACGUUUGUUGUUAUCGAUGGGUGGACAAUUACUGUUGCAUCAGUUGGUGAUUCUAGGUGCAUAUUGGAUACCCAAGGAGGUGUGGUUUCUUUGUUGACUGUUGACCAUCGAUUAGAAGAGAAUGAGGAGGAACGGGAGCGUGUCACUGCAAGUGGUGGUGAAGUAGGAAGGCUCAAUGUUUUUGGGGGUAACGAGGUUGGACCUUUACGUUGCUGGCCUGGUGGGUUGUGCCUUUCAAGGUCUAUUGGUGAUACAGAUGUUGGGGAGUUUAUCGUUCCAAUACCUCAUGUCAAGCAAGUGAAGAUUUCAAAUGCUGGUGGGAGGCUUAUAAUAGCCUCUGAUGGUAUAUGGGAUGCUUUAUCAUCGGAUUCGGCAGCGCAGUCUUGCAGAGGUUUACCAGCAGAACUUGCCGCAAAGCUGGUUGUUAAGGAGGCUCUAAGGUCACGAGGUCUGAAGGAUGAUACAACCUGCUUGGUUGUUGAUAUUAUUCCUUAUGACCAUCCUGUCUUGCCUCCAACGCCUAGGAAGAAACAAAAUUUGCUCACUUCUUUUCUCUUUGGGAGAAGAUCACAAAAUGCAAGAUCUAAUAAGCUUUCUGCUGUUGGUGUUGUGGAAGAAUUGUUUGAAGAGGGCUCUGCGAUGCUUGCUGAGAGGCUUGGUAAAGAUUUUCCUCUGGAUUCUAGCUCUGGGCUCUUUAGAUGUGCUGUUUGCCAAGCGGAUCAGCCCGCAAGUGAGGGCUUAUCUGUAAACUCAGGCCCUUUCUUUUCACCUGCAUCAAAGCCAUGGGAAGGCCCCUUCCUUUGUGCAACUUGUCGGAGGAAGAAAGAUGCCAUGGAAGGAAAAAGACCUAGCAGACCUACAAUAACUGCUUAAUCUGGUAACCUAGUAUAUGCUGAUAUAUUUUUUGCCUGGCGUGUGGACAUGCUUGGUUCUCAAUCUGCAGUGGUUAUUGCUAUAGAAGUAGUGUGCAAGGAAUUUGUACUGAUACUAGAAGUCAGUAGAUGUUUCGAGAACAGUAAAAGUUUGUGUUAAUUCUUCUUCAUCCCCAGCACUUGCUGACCAAGAAUGGACAGUCCUGAUGCCUAUGAUUGUAUUAAUUUGAUUACUAACAGCUUGAAUAUGUAAGUAACGAAAUGAUGAUUGUGAAAAUGUUGUUUAGUAAAAAUGUCUUCAUUUGUGAUUGAUCA